AUGACUACGAAUCUUUCGGACUGCUUGCUUCCGACAACGAGGUCGUUUCUCGAUGAGGACGAUUUGUCGUGCGGGACGGAUCGAGAGGUAGAAGAUCUCAUCGAGAAGUACUCUGGUGGCAGGAGCGAAGCUACUGGCGAGCCGGACGAGGAGUCUGUUCCGACGCCUGAAACCCAGGCGCUGCUCGCGAAAGAGGUUGCACUUCUGCAACUGCGCAAGCACUGGGAUCCGAAACGCUUUUACAAGUCAAUGGGGCACGAGGAGAAACUUGAUCCCCGUAGGUUCCAGCUUGGAACGGUGAUCGAAGCUCCACACGAGUACUACACAGGCGAGCGUUUACCACGGCGGGCGCGCAAGUCGCGCAUCAUUGAAGAGGUCUUGGCGGACCCGCGAGCACGGGGGUACGUCAAACGGCGCUUUCGAGCUGUGCAGCAGCGAGCGCAACGUAUUGCUGAGGCAUCUAAGUUGCGUCGACGACGAUCCAGUAAAACUGUGCAACGCCGCAGAAGAAGAUCCUAG